GCUAGAACUUACAUAAUAUUGCUAGUUGACUUGCUGAGAUAGCUAUUAACGUUACCGUAUUCUUAUUUUGCUGAUAUUAACUAAAUUGUAGUUUAGAAACUGUUUUCGACAUAACGUUGUCUUUAUAGAAGAGGUUGAUAGCGUUGUGGGAGCUUGACAACAAGUUGUGCCUGCUUUUGAAAACUUAGCCUGUUAGGUAGCUAGCUAGCUAGUUAGCUAGCCGGGGGUGGGCACUGGGGAUCAGACUCGGAGUUGACCAGCUGGCUUACUAACCACAUACUACGAGCCAGCUAGCUAACGGCAGCUGAUUGCGGAUGGCCGGUGUCUCUGUGUUGGACAUGGAGACGCCUUCAUGCCCUCCGGUCCCUGUGCACCAGAACGGGACUGCUCCCCGGGAGCCUCGGGGGUCCAGGCCAGUCACUGCCCCGGUGCUGCGUGUCCACCUCUACCACAGCAGCCUGGCUGGGGUAGACUCCACCCCCCUCAGCUACCCACCGGGGGACUAUGUAGUCGAGCAACUGUGUGUCAAUGCAGCCAAGGAGUGCAGUGUGUCGCCUCUGUACUGCAGCUUGUUUGGGCUCUUCAGAGAGAGUGACGGCAUGUGGUUCUCCCCGAACCAUGUCUUCCAGCUAGAUGAAUCUGCCAAUGAGGAUGUGGUCUUCAGAAUAAGGUACUAUUUCCCUGGCUGGUACAGCAGUGGGGCUUCGAGGGCAUAUCGGUAUGGAGUCACCAAGGGCUCAGAGAGUCCUGUCCUUGAUGACUUUGUCAUGGCAUACCUCUUUGCCCAGUGGAGGAGUGACUUUGUGAAUGGCUGGGUGAAGAUCGCCAGCACACAUGAGACUCAGGAGGAGUGCCUUGGCAUGGCUGUAUUGGACAUGAUGAGGAUAGCCAAGGAAAGACAAAUGUCUCCGCUGGAUAUCUACAAUUCCAUAAGCUACAAGUCCUUCUUGCCCAAGGACAUGAGGGCUCACAUCCAGGACUACAGCUUCGUGACCCGGAAGAGGAUCCGCUACCGCUUCAAGAAGUUCAUCCAGCAGUUCAGCCAGUGCCGGGCCACGGCACGUGACCUGAAGCUCAAAUACCUCAUCAACAUGGAGUCUCUGGAGCAGGCCUUCUACACUGAGCGCUUCCAGGUCAGGGAACCCUCGGCAGGGCAGGUCACCAUCAUCGUGACGGCCGAUCAUGGCAUCCAGUGGUGCAGAGACGGGCACAAAGACUCUGAGCAGGACUUGCAGACCUACUGUGAUUUCCCAGAUGUUACUGACAUCAGUAUUAAACAGGCCAAUAAGGAAGGCUCGAUGGAGAGUCGAGUGGUUACCAUCAAUAAACAAGACGGCAAGACACUGGAGCUGGAGUUCAAUUGCCUAUCUGAGGCUCUGUCCUUUAUAUCGCUGAUCGAUGGCUACUAUCGUUUGACGACAGAUGCACACCACUACCUCUGCAAAGAAGUGGCACCCCCUGCACUGGUGGAGGCCAUUACCAGCCACUGUCAUGGUCCCAUUUCAAUGGAUUUUGCAAUUAAUAGACUACAGAAAUCUGGGAACAAGCGGGGUCUGUACAUCCUGCGAUGCAGCCCUAAGGACUUUAACAAGUACUUUUUGACCUUCACCGUGGGGGUAUACGAUGGCAUUGAGUACAAGCACUGCCAGAUCACUAAGGCUGCUAAUGGAGAGUUCAAUCUGAGUGGAACCAAAAGGAACUUCAGCAACCUCCAGGAAUUGCUGAGCUGCUACCAGAAGGAGACUGUGUGCUCUGAUGGCAUAAUUUUCCAGUUCAGCAAGUGUUGCCCACCCAAAUCCAAAGACAAGUCCAGUUUACUGGUGUGCAGGAGUAACAAGGGCUCAGACGUGCCGCUCUCCCCCUCCCUACAGAGACGCAACAUCAGCCAAAUGGUGUUCCACAAAAUCAGGAAAGAGGACCUGGAAUAUACUGAGAGUCAAGGCCAAGGGACAUUCACAAAGAUCUUCAAAGGGGUCCGCAAGGAGCUGGGAGACUACGGGGAGAUGCACCAAACUGACGUCAUCAUGAAAGUCCUGGACAAGGCCCACAGGAACUACUCAGAGUCUUUCUUUGAGGCGGCCAGCAUGAUGAGCCAGCUAUCCCACAAGCACCUGGUGCUGAACUACGGCGUGUGUGUGUGCGGGGAGGAGAAUAUCAUGGUGCAGGAGUAUGUGAAGUUUGGCUCCCUGGACACAUACCUGAAGAAGAACAGAAACUCAAUCAACAUCUUGUGGAAGCUUGAAGUGGCCAAGCAGCUUGCCUGGGCCAUGCACUUUCUGGAGGAAAAGAACCUUGCUCACGGGAACGUCUGUGCCAAGAAUGUCCUGCUGAUCCGGGAAGAGGACCGGAAAACUGGGAAUCCCCCCUUCAUCAAGUUGAGUGACCCUGGUGUCAGCAUCACUGUCCUGCCCAAAGAUAUUUUGGUUGAGCGAAUCCCCUGGGUGCCUCCUGAAUGUAUUGAGGAUCCUACCAACCUGAGCCUUGCAGCAGACAAGUGGAGCUUUGGCACAACGCUGUGGGAGAUCUGCAGUGGAGGGGAGAAACCACUGGCAACACUGGACAACUCUAAGAAAAACCUAUUUUACGAGGACCGCCACCAGCUGCCUGCUCCUAAGUGGACUGAGCUUGCUAACCUGAUCACCAGCUGCAUGGACUAUGAGCCCACGUUCAGACCCUCUUUCAGGGUCAUCAUCAGGGACCUCAACAGCCUGUUCACGCCUGAAUAUGAGCUGAUUGUGGAGAGUGACCUCCUGCCAAACAGAACAGCAGCGUCAGCGUGGGUCACUGGGGCGUUUGAGAACCAGGAUCCAGCUCAGUUUGAGGAGAGACACCUCAUCUUCCUACAGCAGUUAGGCAAGGGUAACUUUGGCAGUGUGGAGAUGUGCCGGUACGACCCACUCCAGGACAACACUGGGGAGGUCGUGGCUGUGAAGAAGCUUCAGCACAGCACGGCAGAGCACAUGCGGGACUUUGAGCGGGAGAUCGAGAUCCUCAAGUCUCUUCAGCAUGAGAACAUCGUCAAAUACAAAGGAGUGUGCUACAGUGCAGGCCGGAGAAACCUGCGACUGAUCAUGGAAUACCUGCCCUAUGGGAGUCUGAGAGAUUACCUCAUCAAGAAUAAGCAGAGAAUAGACCACAUGAAACUGGUGCAUUAUACCGCUCAGAUAUGCAAGGGUAUGGAGUACCUGGCAACCAAGCGCUACAUCCACAGAGAUCUGGCAACCCGGAACAUCCUGGUAGAGAGUGAGCUGAGGGUGAAGAUAGGGGACUUUGGCCUGAGCAAGGUCCUGCCCCAGGACAAGGAGUACUAUAUGGUCAAGGAGCCUGGAGAGAGCCCUAUCUUCUGGUAUGCCCCAGAGUCUCUGAUGGAGAGCAAGUUCUCUGUGGCUUCUGACAUCUGGAGCUUUGGCGUAGUGCUCUAUGAACUGUUCACCCACAGCGACAAGAACUGCAGCCCUCCUGCAAUGUUUAUGGGCAUGAUGGGUAAUGACAAGCAGGGCCAGCUGAUUGUCUAUCAUCUCACUGAGCUCCUCAAGUCAGGCAGCAGGCUGCCUCAACCUGUGGGCUGUCCCAUGGAGAUGCAUGAGAUAAUGCAGGAAUGCUGGGACAAAGACCCAUGCUUGCGGCCCUCCUUCAAGGAGCUGGCCCUGCGUGUCGACCUGUUCCGUGACAGCAAGGAGACGUAGACAAAGACCCUAAGUGCCCCUCUUCUAAGAGACUGUUUUUCUGCAUUCAUUUAGCUGCCAUGUGGGUGUGGGUGUGUGUGUGAGCCCCCCCCCCCAGCCCUGUCCUUCUGCAUUGUGGCAAUAGAUUGGACUGAGAACAAGAUUUUCUGCCAAGACACUAUAGAGACACUUGUAUCAAACAAGGUCUCAUUUUUCUUGAGUGCGUGUGUUUUUUCCCCUUCUACACAUCUUUGUUUUCUAAGCUAGCAGGGCUAGCCUUCACCUUUCUGUCCCCCCCCAUCUGAAAAAUGAAAGUAUGCUGGACUGAUGGAACGGAAUGUUUGUUAUUUUUAUUUGUGUUGUUUUUUGUAUGUAUAUACAUAUAUUUGUGUACAUAUGUCAAGAGGAUUUUAUAAUUUUAUAAAAUGAAAUGAAUACACUGCAGUCUAUAUUUGAAAUGUUCGACAAGAAGUCAGUGUAAAUGAAAUACAUUUAGAGAUUUAAAAAUCCAACAUUGUUUUUUUGUUUUUUUCCAUUGUGAAGCAGGUGGUGUAAGAUUAAAAUAUAUAUCAAUGACAUAUGAAAAAGGGUUGUAGAAUGUCUUUCAAAAACCCAUUAGUGGGGUCAGUAACUGUUUCUGCUGGGCUUACAGUCAAUAAUAUUAUGUGCAAGGUCAGUAUAGUUUAUAGGACUCUUCUGAUACUGUGUACACAGGCAGAACUCUGCCUGAGGGUAGUUCAACAGUAGUUGAGAGACUGACACUCAUUCCUUCCAUAUCCCAUGUCCAUUCUAAAAAUAACCCUUCACCCAAACAGGCCACUCAUCAUGUCACUCCUCAAAUCACAAGACAAAUCUCUUUCAUUUUGAUAUGGUCACACUAUCAGUAUAAUCUUAGUGUGACAUGAGCUCUUCAAUUUCACUAGUUGGGUUUGUCAGCUAACAUUGAACUCUAUCAGGACAUUAUGGUGCAUAGUAGGCCUACACAAUCCCUUUCAGAAAUACUUGACACUACUUGAUUUGCCUUUUUCAAUUCCUAGAGCUACUUUAUUUUUAUUUUCAUAUUUGAUAACUGCCAACCGUCAUUGCGACAUCUCAUGCAUUUUCUCCCUACGUCAUCACAAAAUGGGAGUGUUACAAACUAGUGUAUCAAAUCCAGGGGUGACAUCUGGUCAGUGAAUAAAAGUUUACUGACGUUAUCAAAGAUUAUGACAGAUUCUUCUAUUUGUUAAAAUGUGUCUACAUGCAUUCCCCUCCAUAUGUAUUUGGACAUUGAAGCAAAUUUUUUUUUGGGCUCUAUACUCCAGCAUUUUGGAUUUGAGAUCAAAU